CGCCGUCGUAUCAGAAGCGCCGGGAGCCAAGCCGCCGCAGCCCUCCGACAACCCGCUCGCCCGGCUCUCCAUCUGUGGCCCGCAGCCAAUCGCCGGUGUUGAGAUGCCCUGCAAUAAGAUGGCGGCGUCGGGAAGUCUGCCCCCUGCUGGCCGCGUGAAGUUGCCGACGUUGAGUCGUCCCAGGCCCCGCCCUCUCGUCCUCCUGGACAGUCACGUGACCAGGGGAAAAGGGGGUGUGAUCAGGAGUUGGCGAAGGAGGUCUUGCCUCAGUCAAGUUAGUGGAGCCAGUGAGGGUCUCUUGGAUUUAAACGGCAUUUAAAUUUCUGCAGAUUUCUGUGUUUCUGAAAGCCGUUCGGCGUCACCUUGAGCAGCCACAUAGAUUUUCUUAAUAAAUAAUAGAUCAACGAUGCGCGCGCCUUUGGAUUUGGGUUGACCAGGCUGAGCUCCCAACUCCCACAGUUGCCGCCGACUUUCCCUUUUUCCUUCAGGCUCCCCAAGCGGGGAAGGGAGGGGAAGCAACAGCGGCACUUGAGGGUCUCCCCCAAACGCCUACGGGGAACUCACCCCAGAAAAAGAGCUGCCGGAAGCCCAGGCUCCUGGCGCCCGCCCGCCUUUAUGACGCCACAAGCCAAGUGUCCGCCUCCUGUCCCGCCCCCUCUCCCCCGAUUGGCUCUAUUUAAAAACGGGGCGGUGCAACGGAUGCUGGGAAGUGGAGGGAACGUUUGAAGCGCUCCGGGCGGCGCGAUGAAGGCGGCGGCAAGAACUAAAACUCCUAGGAAACAUGCAUUUAAAAAAGCAUCUAACAAUAGUUUGAAGGAUCCUGUUGGGGUGUACUGCCGGGUCCGCCCAGUUGGUAUACCAAACCAAGAGUGUUGCAUAGAAGUGAUCAGCAGCACAACAGUCCAGGUUCACUCACCUGAUGGGUACCGUAUUGCCCGUAAUGGAGAAUAUAAAGAGGUUCAGUAUUCAUUUAAAGAAGUGUUUGGCACAAGCAUUUCUCAGAAACAAGUAUUUGAUGUGGUUGCUAAGCCUCUAGUGGAAGAUCUUAUCCGUGGAAAAAAUGGCCUCCUUUUUACAUAUGGAGUCACAGGGAGUGGAAAAACGCACACUAUGACAGGAUCUCCUGGUGAGGGAGGUCUGCUUCCUCGUUGCUUGGACAUGAUCUUCAACAGCAUAGCACCUUUUCAGGCCAAGCGCUACGUCUUCAAACUUGAUGAUAAGAAUGGAAUUGAGGUCCAAUGUGAAGUGGAUGCUUUACUUGAACGCCAGAAAAGAGAAGCACUCCCAGUUCCCAAGACACCGGUGGGCAAGCGACAAGUAGACCCUGAAAUUGCUGACAUGAUAAAUGUGCAAGAUAAUUGUAAACUGGAAGAUGUUGAUGAAGACAGUGUCUACAGUGUGUUUGUGUCUUACAUUGAAAUAUAUAACAACUACAUUUAUGAUCUUUUGGAUGAAUCCCCACUUGAUCCCACAAAACCAAAGUGGAACAACUGUGGCACUCCACUGCGGAAUGCUGACUUCACGUUUCCUCAAUCCAAAAUUCUCCGUGAGGAUCAAAAUCACAACAUGUAUGUUGCAGGUUGCACUGAGGUAGAAGUUAAAUCUACAGAAGAAGCCUUUGAAGUGUUUUGGAGAGGCCAAAAGAAGAGGCGCAUUGCACACACUCAACUGAAUCGAGAGUCCAGUCGUUCACACAGUGUAUUUCUAAUUAAACUGGCUCAGGCUCCUCUCAAUGCAGAUGGAGAUAAUGUUCUGCAGGAGAAAGAGUUAAUAUCCUUGAGCCAGUUAUCACUGGUUGACCUAGCAGGGAGUGAGAGAACAAACAGAACCAAAGCCGAAGGAAACAGACUCCGUGAAGCUGGUAAUAUCAAUCAAUCACUGAUGACAUUACGAACCUGCAUAGAAGCUUUGCGAGAGAACCAAACUUAUGGAACCAAUAAGAUGGUCCCUUAUCGAGACUCCAAAUUGACCCAUCUUUUUAAGAAUUAUUUUGAUGGUGAGGGUAAAGUGCGUAUGAUCGUCUGCGUGAAUCCAAAGGCAGAAGACUAUGAUGAGAGUUUGCAAGUUAUGAGAUUUGCAGAAAUCACCCAAGAAGUGGAGGUUGCACGACCUGCUGACAAACCUCUGUGUGGACUAACUCCUGGUCGGCGAUUUAAGAACCAGGUUUUCAGAGAGGAGCUCUCCCGACAGCUGGAAAUCCGAGGUGGACCUGUUGAUGGAGACAGAGGCCCCUUGGUCAGAGAAUUGCUCCUGCAGAGUUUCCCUCCAGUGCCUUCCUGUGAACUUUUGGACAUCAAUGAUGACCAGACCCUGCCUCGGCUGAUUGAAGUGCUUGAAAAGCGGCACCACAUUCGGCAGAAGCUGUCAGAAGAGUUUAGCAAAAAUGUUCUAUGUGUAAAGAACAUGUUGCAGGAACUUGAUGCCAGCAUUGUAUCCAAGGAGAACUUUGCACAUGUGAAAAUGGCUGAAAGAGAAAAAAUUAUAACAGGACAGAAAACUGAGAUAGAGCGACUAGAGAAGAAAGCAAAAACUCUGGAAUAUAAGAUUGACAUCCUGGAGAAAACAACAGCAAUUUAUGAAGAAGAGAAGCGCAACCUGCAGCAGGAACUAGAAAGCAAGAGUCAAAAGCUGCAGCGUCAAGUUUCAGACAAGCGUCGACUAGAAGCUCGUUUACAGGGCAUGGUGACAGAGACGACAAUGAAAUGGGAAAAGGAAUGUGAGCGGCGUGUGGCAGCCAAGCAACUGGAGAUGCAGAAUAAACUUUGGGUGAAAGAUGAGAAACUAAAGCAGCUGAAAGCCAUUGUCACAGAGCCUAAGAGUAACAAACCUGAGAGGCCUUCCCGGGAAAAAGAUCGGGAGAAAGCUCUACAAAGAUCAUUGUCUCCUCCCCCAGUACUUUUUUCUAGUAACUGUAUCCCUCACCUGCCUAACAACCAUGAUCUCCCUGCCAGAAGCCAGCCACAGCUGCAUAGGCGUUCAAAUUCUUGUAGCAGCAUUUCCGUGGCUUCCUGCAUCUCGGAAUGGGAGCAGAGAACACCUACUCAGCACAGCAAGCCUCCUGACAAGGGUGACAAUGGCCUCCCUAGAGCCAGGAGUAGACUACAGGAGCCAGAACAAGCCAGGCCCUGGGUCAUGUCAGAGAGAAGGCGGGGCAUGUGCUGGACAGGACUUCUGGCAGCUUCCAGCACUAGAGAGCCCCUAGAGCUAGAAGAGGACUUGUGCUGCAGGAAUGCUCCUCCUGUCCGCCUUCGCCACAGACGGUCUCGCUCAGCAGGAGAGAGGUGGGUGGAUCAUAAACCUCCUUCCAAUAUCCAGACUGAAACAGUCAUGCAGCCACAGGUCCCCCAUGCCAUCAUGGUGACCUCUGCAAACGAGAAGGCCCUGGCCAAGUGUGACAAGUACAUGCUGACCCACCAGGAGCUGGCCUCGGAUGGAGAGAUUGAGACCAAACUGAUCAAGGGCGAUGUUUUCAAGACCAGAGGAGGUGGACAGGCUGUUCAGUUCACUGAAAUAGAGACCUUGAAACAAGAGUCACCAACAGGACGCAAGCGGCGGUCGUCUCCCUCAAGCCCUCGCCUCCCCGAGGAGGCUUCGGAGUCAGAAUGGACUGAUGUAGAAACACGGUGUUCAGUCGCAGUGGAGAUGAAAGCAGGUUCCCACCUUGGGCCUGGCUAUCAACAUCAUGCUCAGCCCAAACGCAGGAAACCCUGAAGCUUGGAGAUUUCUGCUGGGGUUCCUCUUUCAACUAAAGUUUCAGGCUACAUAGCUGGCUAUGCUAGAAAGUGACAAAAGGGAAAUUAAAUAAAAAGUGCCUCUCGAUCCUCAUCUACAUCAUGACUUUGAGGAAGAUGAUGACCUCAUUUUAUUAUUUUAUGCAUUUCUCUGUCUCCUUGCAAAGUUUUUACUCCAUUUUUCUUCUCAUACUUCAACACUUGUUUCCAUGCCUACUUUUAGGGGACUGUUGCUAUUUAUUUGUCAUCAUGCACUUUAGUAUCUCUGGGUAGCAUUUUGAAUGUUGCAUUUAGAAAGAGCUGUCUUUUGGGUUUCCUUUAAAACUGGUGCUUUCCCCAGGAAAGUUGUAUACACGAGACAGCAUGGUUUUCUGCCAUAUAAUUGAACUAAUGGGAAAGGUUCUUUGCUAUACAGAAUGUCAGUGUAUUCACGAUGAUUAGACAACUUUGUAGUGACAGAUCCAGAGCUGAUGUGACUUUUUCAACUGAAUUUGCAAAUAAAAAAUUCA